AUGGAUUACGACCUCCCAGAGGAAGGGGUAGAGGCCUUCCACUCGCUGUACGAAAUACUAUCAUCAUACUUAGUGGAAAAAGAGGCCUACAAUCGAGUCGUGACCUUAGAGGCCGUCAAUGAAGAACUCUCUGAUCCGGAACAAAAAGAUGCGGUAGAUAUCCAGCUUGCUCCGGCAGCGCUGGACGAUACACCUCCUAAGGUCAGAGACCCUACCGAGAAGGUCAAUCUUGGAACAACAGAUGAGCCUAUGGAAGUGGCUAUCAGCGCUUAUUUAGAGCCUGGUGAGAAACAGAGGCUCAUUGGCUUAUUACUAGAGUUCAAAGACUGUUUCGCAGAGAAGUAUGAAGACAUGCCCGGCCUGUCACCGGACUUGGUUUCCCAUCAACUGCCAACACUCCCUGACAAGAGGCCUAGAGGAAUUGAGGUCCCUGAAGACAAGGCAAGCACAGUCAUCAAUGCAUCUCCUCCGCGAACGAAAAAGGAAUUGCAGCGUUUGCUGGGUAAAAUCCAGCCCUUCUCUCCAUUGCUGAGGCUGCAGGGUCAGAACGAGUUUGUAUGGGAGCCUAAACAUCAAGAGGCUUUCGACAGAAUCAAGGCCUACCUAGCGAGCCCACCAGUGCUUGUUCCCCCGAGAGCUGGAUUUCCAUUGAAGCUAUAUAUUUCAGCAGCUGAGGCUUCCAUUGGCAGCCUACUCGCCCAGGAUGAUGAGGAAGGUGUGGAGCAUGCCAUUUUCUACCUCAGUAGGACACUUACAGAUUACGAAACAAGGUAUACUCCUAUGGAAAAGCUGUGGCUUACAUUGUAUUUCUCAGCUUGCAAGAUGCGACACUACAUGUUAUCCUUUACUACUUACAUCAUUGCUCAAACCGACCUGGUCAAAUACAUGUUGUCGCGACCUAUUCUGAGAGGCCGCAUCGGCAAGUGGGUACUGGCCCUGUCUGAAUUCUCGCUACAAUACGUUCCCCAGAAAGCAGUAAAGGGACAGGCCAUCGCAGACUUUCUGGCACAUCACCAUAUGAUAGAUAUCCCCACAGUGAAGGAGUUAGAGAUAGCGACCGCAACUACAACUCGACCAGAUUUGGCGCGCAUUCUAGAGUACGCCAUAUGGUAUCAAGCCACAGUCUCCUUGCAACCUUGGGUAUUAUUUUUUGAUGGCUCAAGAACUGAAACAUUAGCAGGGGCAGGGAUUGUUUUGGAGAACCCGGCGGGCGAUCGUUUCUCUUACUCUUUCCAAUUGGAGUUUAAGUGUACGAACAACCAAGCAGAGCAUAAGGCCCUUAUUAUUGGCCUGGAAGUCUUACUGGAAUUGGGAGUAAGAGACGUUCAGGUACGUGGCGACUCUCUGCUCGGGAUAAAUCAGCUUCAAGAGAAAUACAGGUGUGUAAGCUGUUUGCUCGUACCAUAUUUGAAUCGCGCCAUUGAGCUUCUAGAUCAAUUUGAUGACGCAGAUUUGGAGUACAUCCCUCGCGAGCGCAAUUUCGCGGCCAAUAAACUCGCUCAAUUGGCUACAGGCAUUACAUUGAAGUAUGGGGUUCGCGAACGCAUUCUGAAAGUCGAGUGCCGCACACUGCCUUCAUGGCUAGCGCAGCCUGACCCUCCUGAUGAUCCGGUCGUCGCGGUCCUAGAGCCUAUUGACGUCGACUGGCGCAUUCCGUUGAUCGAUUACCUCAAACAACUAGACCCUACAGCAGACAGGAAGAUUCACUUUCUUGCCUUAAACUACUUCCUCAGGGGUGACGAGCUGCGACGACGUGGGGAAGAUGGCAUAGACUUCCGGUGUGUCUAUGGACGCGAAGCAAAGCGAUUAAUGCUCGAAGCACACACAGGAGUGUGCGGAGCCCAUCAAGCGGGACCUAAGAUACGUUGGCUCAUCAGGAGACAUGGUUAUUACUGGCCCAGCAUUUUGAAGGACUGUAUCACAUUCGCCAAAGGAUGCCAAGACUGUCAGGCACAUGGUCCAGUCCAGCACAUCCCCAAUAUUCCCAUGCAACCCAUUAUUAAACCUUGGCCUGCACGAGGCUGGGCAUUAGACUUGAUUGGGAUGAUUCACCCCUACUCCUCUCUCCAACACAAGUUUGGGAUCCCUGAAGUGCUUGUUUCCGACAGGGGAGCAGCAUACAUGGGAGGUGCGGUCGAGCAACUUGUCAACGAAUUGGGCAUCCAGUUCAUCCACAGCACUCCAUAUUACUCUCAGUCCAACGGUCAAGCGGAGGCCAAUAACAAGAUUAUUAUUACCCUGCUAAAGAAGAUGUUGGUUGAACCUCGCCAGUGGCACGACACGUUGUAUGAGACACUAUGGGCUUAUCGCACUUCUAAGAAGAAUCCCACCGCUACAACGCCCUAUGCACUAAUGUUUGGCCAUGAUGCAGUUUUACCCUAG